AAAUUCGGAAAUGCUUCUGUUCUAUGAGUGGAUCAAACUGUUAUCUUUAUUUCACUUUAGAAAUAGUGUUUUGUGAUCAUAUUCGAAAUUGUGUUUAGGUUCUGUUUCUAGAAAAGCAUAAAAAAAUAUGGGAGGUGAAACUGCAAUUCUAUACGGCUUCCGAUUCUCCUCAUGUUCUUGGCGAGUGCGAGCGGCCCUUCACAUAAAAGGGAUCCCGUUCGUGGAGAAAAACGUGGACAUCGUGAAACAGCUUUCUCAUCUGUGUGAGGAGUAUCGGCGCAUCAACCCAGCACAGAAGGUGCCAUCACUUGUCAUUGAUGGUGAGACCGUGGUGGAAUCCAUGGCAAUCCUGCAAUAUAUAGAAGACACUCGUCCCAGACCAAGCCUGACUCCAGAUAAGCCGUUGUCUAAAACACGUAUGAGGGAAAUUUGUGAGACAAUUGUAUCGGGAAUCCAGCCGCUGCAGAACGUGAGCUUGCGCUCUUGGUUCGAAUGUGAGGAGAAGUACCUGCAGAAAGGGCGCCAGGUGAUAGAUCGCGGGCUCCAAACCCUGGAGGCUCUACUGCAGAAGUCUGCGGGCAGCUACUGCGUGGGAGACCAGCUCACGAUGGCUGAUCUGUGCCUGGUGCCGCAGGUCUUCAAUGCUACUAACAGGUUCAAAAUGAAUGUGGAUAACUAUGUAACCGUUUCGAAAUUGUAUCAGAAAUUGUUGGAAGAAGAAACAUUCAAAGCAACUCAUCCGAAAAAUGUAAACCCAGAAUAACCUAUUCGGUUUACAAACUAACGACAUUGUAAUGCCAUGCCAAGUUUACAUUCUGAAAUGUUCAAAUAUAAUCAUGUUCUCUGCAAUAAAAGUUAUUCUAUAUUUA